AUGAUUGUGAAACGCCAGAAAGCUUUUGUCCACAGCCCGACUUCACCCGUGUCAUUAGCUACAUCUAGAAAAAAGAUAAUGAAUGGUAUUAAAAUUGAACAACAAUGUUAUGGUGAUAGAAACAUUUCAUUCCCCUUAUCAUCCUCAUCGAUGGAAUUGAACGAAACAACAACAUCAACGGAAGAAGAUGACGAGGAAGAGGAGAAUGAAAUAGAAAAUGAACUGUUAUUAAAGAAAACGCACGAUAGUGGUUUUGUCGAUGUUAGUGAUGAGAAAGAAGUUAAAAAAGGAAUACGUUCAUAUUCAAAUUAUACUAGUACACCAUUAAGACUAGUCACAAAUAAUGUACGAAAAUACACUAGUGAGUCGUCUUCAAUCAAUGACCGUCAUUUGUCUUCCGACGAUACAAAAUUCGAAGACGGAAAGAGUUUCCGAAAUACAAGAUUUCUCGGAAGUACAGCCGUAGCAAUUUUGAAUAAAUGGUUUUAUGCGAACCAAAAUUAUCCAUAUCCAGAUGAUGAAAAAACUGAACAAUUAGCAUUUGAAACUGCUACAACACUACAAAAUAUAUUUUCAGCAGCUUCUGCUGCUCCUCAUCCUUCAUGUGUAUCUGCUUUAUCGUUACCCUCCCCUAUGUAUCAGUAUCAAUUUCAAAAUUCAUUUUUUAAUCCAAUGCUAAUGAAUCCAAUUGCAAUGAUGAUGAUGAUGAACCCAAUGUAUGCUCAACAACUAUUAUCAACAGCGGCUGCCAAUGGAUCUGUUCUAUCUGCUCCAACUUCACCAAUCAUAGUACCCACAAGUCGAACAAAACAACGACCCACAUCCAAUAUGUCAGCAACAACAUUUGAUAAAAGCAAGCGGUUCUGGAUGUGA